AGCAUCACCCAAACAUUAGCUCGUAGAGUAGCUUUUAGCUAGCCGAACUCUUCGGGUAAAAGAGCCCGAGCCGAGCCGAGCCGACCCAUGAGCCGCAGACGGAACCACAGUUUCGUCGAAACCGGCCUGUCUCCCGAGCUCCACGGCGCCUUCAUGGAGCCCAACGGGUCGGCCAGCCGAGCCGACGGCGACUUCCUGGAGCUGGAGCACGACGAGGAGCUGCUGUGCUCGGUCAGCGACAUCACGGAGCACCUCGGCAGGAACAUCGCGGCGGUGCUGGAGACAGCGCUGUCGGAGAUCCGCAAAAUGGUCAGCAUCAGGAUCCGAGUGCUGAAGAUGGAGCUGCGGGACAAGAGCGAGGAGAUCGGGGACUUAAAGGACCGACUGGACUCGGUGCAGCGGGACGGCAGGGACCCUUUCCCCGGCGGCGCGACCACCACCGCGGAGCAGUCUGCGGAGGACGCCGCCUACAAGAAGCACGACUUCGGCUCCAAGCACAGUGGCGUCGACCCGAGGCGAGCCAAGGCGCUCAUGCCCGGCGUGAAGAAGGAGAACAUCGACGCCAUCUGCGACUACCUGAUGAAGGACAAGAACUCGAGGGGGGGCGCCGACAUGGACGGAGACCAGAGCAGCCAAGCCAGCGGCGACAGGGAGGCUCGCCCGGACCCGCACUCCCUCCACUUGUGGCCGGACGGCGGCAUGGCCGGCUCCGGGCCCGGGGACUCUGACGCGGCCACGGACGACCUGUUCAGCAUGCUGCCCUCCGGCAGCAAGAGGAUGUACGACUACGAGUGGAUCGCCCCGAUGGAGUACUCUCCGGAUCUGAAGGUUAUGAAGGAGCCCCAGUGUGAGGACACUCCGACAGGCGAGGAGGACGAAGAUGAUGAUGAGGGAGGUGUGUCGCCGAGGAGGGAGGCCGGUGGGCUGGAGCCGGCCCCGCCGCCACACAUCCAGCCCUCUGAGUUCAGCAUGGAGCCCCGGAGCUCUCCGGGGGAGGGGGGCAGUCCUCUGGAGGGCAGCGCGGACCGGCCUGUGGCAGGCCAGCAGUUCCCCGGCCACACCUACAUCUGCUCUCUGUGCGGAACCUUCUGCCCCGACUCCCUGUUCCUGGAGGAGCACGUCAAGCUGAUACACUCGGACUCCGCCGGCACCCAGGUCCUCCAGGUCCUGCAAUCGGCCACGCCCGCCACGGACGACAGGUCCAGGAGGGGCGGCGGCGGGGAUCAGAACGAGGACGACGGAGUCGGGGCCGGCCUCGGGCAAGUAGGCGCCACGGUGAAGAAGGAGAUUAAAAUCGAGGGCGGGUACGAGUGCGCCGACUGCGGCCGCCACUUCAACUAUCUGGGCAACCUGCGGCAGCACCGGCGCAUCCACACCGGGGAGAAGCCCUUCAUGUGUCCGGAGUGCGGCGAGCGGUUCCGCCACGCGGCCCGCUUAAAGAGCCACCGGCUGGUGCACAGCGGCGCCCAGAGCCCCUUCCCCUGCCCCCAGUGCGGGAAGGGCUUCUCGGUGCUGUCGGGACUCAAGAGACACCAGCGGGUGCACACCGGCGAGAGCCCGUACGCCUGCCCGCAGUGCGGCCGGCGCUUCAAAGAGCUGGGCAACCUGUACACCCACCAGAGGAUCCACAGCGGCGCCACGCCCUACUGCUGCCAGCAGUGUGGGCGGAGCUUCCGCCACCUGGGGACGUACAAGAGCCACCGCUGCACGCCGCUGCAGUAACCAGCCGCUUCACAGAAACGGAGGUCGACGACAGGACAUGGUGGAGUCCGAGGCGUGGUCUUCACCACGGGGCUCUCGGUUGACACUUGUAGGGAGGGGCCCGGGCUGCUAUCCCGAGAUGCUUCCCUCACCUUCAUGGCAUUUCACACCGGCAUUAAGGAAAGCUGCUUCGUGGAGCUCGAGUUCAUUCUUGACCGCAGAAACAAUGUUGACUCGAGGUCAAGGACUCCUUGUUGGAGUUGAUCCGAUACCAGAAUCAGAAACGCUGCACGUGUCCCAGCAUCACUCCGAUAUUAGCUCGUACUAUUAGUAGCUAACGAGCGCUAACGAGCGCCAUUUGGCUUCUUUCCCCGUCUCUGGUGAGAGUUGCACAUGCUCAGUGAGCAGCGGAUCGGUGCUAGCAGAGUUUUGAUCAGUCGUCAUGGAGGAGAUGUCCCAUUUUCCAUUUUUUUCAAGAAGACUUUGAGGACUUAUGAGUGGAAAGUUAUCAACUUCUUCAUAUUGUAAACUUUGGAAUAAGUCUGUCACUAAUCAUCCCUGUUAGGUGUGUUUCUUAUAACGAUGGACACAUGCUGACAGAACUACUUUUUAAUAUCUCAAAUAACAUUUACCGACUGACCCAAUGGGAGAUGAGUGAACUUUGAGAUUUAAAGAGACAUUUCAACAUUACACUCAUCUUUGGGAGAGACCUAAGAAACGAUGGAGCUGCUGACCACGUCAACGGGUUUCAUUUGUUCAUUCAUUUACGCCUAACCUGCCGAGGCUCCGGGACACGUAACCUGCCGAGGCUCCGGGAUACAUAACCUGCCGAGGCUCCGGGACACGUAACCUGCCGAGGCUCCGGGACACAUAACCUGCCGAGGCUCCGGGACACGUAACCUGCCGAGGCUCCGGGACACGGUAACUUACCGAGGCUCCGGGACACGUAACCUGCCGAGGCUCCGGGACACGGUAACUUACCGAGGCUCCGGGACACGUAACCUGCCGAGGCUCCGGGACACGGUAACUUACCGAGGCUCCGGGACACGUAACCUGCCGAGGCUCCGGGACACGCCGCCGCCGCCUCGCACUGCGGUGGGACACCAGCGCCCCAUGGUGGACCAACUAGAACUGCAACAGAGUAGAUCUCCUUGGGUCUCACUGACUUUUCUCACGGCUCUGCUUUCGUAUUGUUUUUUUUUUUUUAAACCAGUGUAACGUACGUUACAUAAAAUAUAUAGUUUAUUUUAUACAUUUGCCUGUGUGACCAUUCAACAUGAUGUAAUUAACCCUGAAGGAGAAUAACAUUUGAUAUUCAUGGGAUUCAGUGGAGCCCCGAGGGACCUGACCUCCAGCUCGUUAUACGAUGACUUUGAACCCUUGAAGACAACGAAUCCAAACUGUGACAUUUAAACACUCAGCAUUGAUCCUCUGCUCCAAUAAACAGUUGUCUUAACGUCAUCAAUGAGUCUGUGGUGGAAUGUAACUGUGGCAGCUGUCCCCAAUCUGGCCUCAGCUGCUGGCUGGUUGACAAUCGGUCAGCUGCUCUGACUGAUUGGCAAUCAGUCAGCAGCCGAUGCUGCUCAUAUGAAAGGGCAGCAGAGCUGGAGGUAGAGGAGAGUGAGCAGAGGCGCAGUGUUGCGGUCUGCUGAAGUGUGUGAUACCAAUAAAUAUGUCGUCCACGAAA